AUGGAUCGGAUGUUCACCGCAAAAGUGAAGCACAACAAGUUAUCCAAGAGUGAUCCUACUACUGGUCAGUGCUCAUUGGAUUCCCCAGUAAGCCGCAGUGAAGCAUACACCCGUAGUCACAGCUUUUCAGACAUCUUACUAACCAAGUUUCGGAGGAUAUCACGACGCUUGCGUUAUCACAUGUUUCACAGCGUUUCAAUAUUUCAUGAGGAUGUUUGUGGUCUCACUUGGGCUGCUGCACACGACAUACUGCCGCCUCCGCCCUCCGAAUGCAGGUGGUCCCAAUCCAGUUUGGCCAUGCGUAAAUUGCCCGCUCAGGACUCCUCUAAUCAACUGAUACUCCAAGACUAUAUUGAACAUGAAGGCAGAUUCUAUUGUCUGAACUUACCCUUCACUCCGCAUUCCCCAACCAAGAUACAAGAGAAAUCAAGUUUCGUUGUAUUGUCACCGAACAAUUCUGGCCUCGACAGAACCGCAUAUACCAGUUUAUCCCAAGCUUUUGAAAGACGAGUUCGCCUACAAGAUACAGAACAAGAGCAACUUGGCAAAGUCAUUUUGUGUCCCGAAUAUGCCAAUUCAAAAACAAAAACUAAACGGGCCUCGCAACCUAGUAAUUGGGACUGUAUCAUUGAAAAAUUACCUCUAUGCACCCACUCUCCCACGCGAAUUCAUCAUUUUUCUGUGCCAACUUCGGACAACUUUGCUCACUUAUGGCGGAGAAAAAAGUCUAAACAGUCCUAUAUUCGGAGUCACUCCGCACCUGUAGUCGGUGAAACCGGAAUCUAUGAUGAACAAAAUCAACCUGGAGAUGAGUCUUGUUACACACUUCCUCAAGGCAACGUAGAAUGUGAGAAGUGUAGAUUGGAAAGGUCGAUUAAUGACAAAUCGUCUGCCAAGAGCUAUUCAUACCAAAAGCGAACUAGAAAAAGGGGGUUGAUAGCGAAUCCGGAAGAAAAUGUGUGGACUAUACAAGGACAGUGUUUUGAUCCAGAAACUCUGGGAAGGGCAAUCCAAGAGAGUAACAUGGAAAGGAUGCGUAAAACAAUCCUUGAAUCAGACGGAGAACCACAGCUUGAAGUGGGAAUCACAAAGGCUACGUUGAGUCAUACCAGGGAAAUUCAAGCAAGAGUUGAGCGUAGCUCAGCUCAACAAAAUACAUUUUGUACCAAGUCUCUGAGCGAAUCCUUGCCUUGUUCUGAUUUCUUCACCAAUCCCAAAAGUCGGAAUACCUUUUUCUCUAGACUAUGCAGAGUCAGUUGCUAUGGAAGGUCACCACCCCAGCUUGAUCUGCCGGCGUUGUUAUUUCCUAAGCCAUCUAGUGAAAGCAGCUGUGUUAGACUGGAUUUUUUGUGCGUGAUUCCUUUUGGAACAUACUUUAAACCGUUCCGUAAACGCGCGGGCAGUCACCACUUUUUCAUUGUAGCUAUCUGCGGUCUAGUGGUUUGUGUUCCUUACAGAAUCACAGAUAAUUCUUACGGUACCUUGAGCUAUCCUUUACAGCUGGGCAAGGAGUCAAACGUCGUUGUUAGUGCCAGGGUCCAUAACGCGCAU